AUGUUUUCAGCCCCUCCCAAAAUAACUAGUCCAACCGCAGAUCAAGAACAGUUCGCUCAAUUGGGACAGAAGAUACGAUUGCAUUGUAAGACACAAGGAGUACCGCCACCCGACGUUAUUUGGACUAAAGUACGUUAAGUUUGUAGUUGUUAAAGGUUUGAAACAAUAGUAACAUAAAAAGUAAAUGAGCUCUACCUUGGCCAAAAAUAAAACUUAGUUUGAACGUAAAAACUAGGUAUAACAACAUACGGUCAAAAGCAUAAUAAGUAUAAGAACAUAUCGUUAACCCUAUAAGAAAUGUUAUAAGAACUUAGAGUUAACUUGAAAAAAGUCUAUAAUAACAUAGCACUAGAGUUUAGUUACAAGAAAUAAUAUGAAAGUAGUCUGGUUACAAUUAGAGCACAGUCUGCUUGUAUGGUGUCAAGUUUUGUUACACUUUGCGGUUUUAAUUAGACCUCACCAAGUUGUAUAAUUACUAGAUAUCACGUACGAAGUAUUAACGUCAUAAGUAUCUAAAUACGAACAAAUUAUGGAAUUUAAGGACUAUGUUAAGGUGUUGCGUUUAAAUGUACAAAAUUGUCAUGAUAUUUGGUGAUUAAACUGUAGAAACUGAAACAAGGCAAGAUAUAGGUGACAUCUAUAAGGUGAUGUUUUUGUAACUAAUAUUACUCGAUCCAAAACGGUGUUUUAAAGUUAAUUUCGAAAAGUUACAUAAAAAUUUAAUUAAACUUGCAAAUUUAAUUUUAAUUUUUAGUCUGGCCAAGUAGUAGCGCAAGGCGAAGUGUUAGCAAUCGACGAACUUACUCUCGCCGAUCAGGUAAGACAUUUACAAUAUCAGGUUGUUCAAAUAUGGAUGAGCCAAAAAUUUUUUUAAAAAAUUAAAAGGCAUUACAAUUUAUUAGGCUGUUCUCAAUCCUUUUUUCUCCUAGAACAGCCAAGUUCCACCUCCCCAUCCCUCCCUUUUCAGCCUCUCCUUCUGCCCCACUUUUAAUGCUGUAUAUCCGGCCCAUGCCUCUUGCAACUAAUAAAACAAAAAAUGUUUCACCAACGGAACAAUGAUAACAAUGAGAAAUUGUAGGGUAAAUAUGUUUGUCAUGCCACGAAUGUUGAAGGAACCGAUCGUGCGGCUACGCUUCUUCACUUUUCACGUAAGUUCUCAGACGGCCUUUGCUGAUUUCCCUUUUCUUCACCAGCUCCCAAACAAAACAUUUACCGUUUUUGUCAUUCAUCAAAACCUAAUUUAUGGUUAUGUUGGAACACAAAAAGUUAUUGUAAACUGCAAAACACUCGGGUAGAUCAAGAGGUGCAACCAAAUCGAAAUCAAUUUGGUUGCAAAGGUUUUGGAAGUAAAGUAAAGGGAGGAUAUGGUAGGAGGAGUACCAUACCUUUUAAUUUAGUGAUCAGAUUGAGUACAAAGCGCCAAAAUGCAGUACGAAGCUUAACUUCAAACAUAUUAAGGUAGGACAGAGUAAGGUAAUGUAGGGUAGGGUAGUACGAAAACAGAUCAUAUCACAAAAAAGUAAAAAUGCUUUAAAAAAUUUCAAAAACAUUUCAAAAAUAUAUUGAUAAUAAGAUCGACUCCUCUUCGAAUGGCAUUCAGAUCAGAUCCACUAUGACAUGGUCUCUGUUAUCAAACAAAAGUCAAAAAGUGGAAAACGUUUAAAACCCCUUGACCUUUGAAAAGAAGAGCAAUUAAUCAGCAUCUUAAUCAGUGUGUUAUCUCUUGCAGAAGGUCCUAUUAUUGACUAUCCUUUGUCGAAUAAGACAGUGGUCGAAGGUACCAAUGUCUUCUGGCAUUGUGCUGUGUCAGCGAAUCCCAAGAAUAUUACUUACAGAUGGACAAAAGAUGAGAUAGCUAUUAAUACAAUUGAGCUGGGGCUACGAGCACAUGUUCAUGUAGGUUGAGGGUUGAAUUUUAACUUUUUGCGGUAUUUCAUAUGUUUUGAUGAGGGUUUUUUGGGGGUAUAGUAUUACUACCAAAGGUGGUAAAGUAAUGUAAACUAGUUUUUAGGGUCCUGAUUUUGGUAUCAGUAAAGUUCACCGAGAUGAUAAAGGUUGGUACAGAUGUGAAGCCACUAAUGGUUUUCCACCAGCAGCUCAGACGUCAGCUUUCCUUAAUGUUCAAUGUAAGCUAUAUCUUUUAGAGACGUUGCUAUUUUUCUCUAAAGCAAAGCUCAGUAAAACUAUUUUGGUUGACAAACUUUACUGAAGACCUACAUUUAUAUUAUCUCUUUUAGUCAAACCCGAGCUGAGUUCAGAAAGCAAGACAAUGUAUGUAGUGGCAGAAGGCGCUGACAGCACAGUAAAUUGUAAUAUGUUGGCUAACCCAUCGCCGUCUACUUACUUUUGGUCCAAAAACGGUCUUAUUUUGACAGAAAAUCAAAAAAGUCAUGGAUUCAGAAUCGAAAAGGAUCAGCUCGUCUUCGAGAAUGCUACAGUCGAGGAUUCUGGAAUGUACGCUUGUUGGGCCGAGAAUGUGAUUGGCAGAAGUGAUGUUUAUGAGAUGCAUGGUAAGAUAAACACCUUCUGGAUUCUUAUUGAUAUAUGAAAGUAAUAUGUAAAAUGGCAUAGCUUUAGUGGGGUGACCUAUUUCAAGGGGACGAUAGCUUUUGUUGAGAAAUAAGUUUUGUUUAUGAUGAAGGAAUAAUAUUUUUUAGGUAGUUUUAUAUGUUCAUACGUAUAUAAAUCUACCAUUUGUAUAAACUUUACCAUAGAAGUAUAAAGUUGUUUUAGUUAUCAUAACAGCCCCUCCAGUGUUCAGUAAAGAGCCUCCGGCAGCAAUUAAACUUGAAAGUGGAGAAAAUGCAGAGGCCUUGUGUGAUGGCUAUGGCGAUCCUCCUCCAACACAGUAUUGGCUACACAAUAAGGUACGAUUAAAUUUAAUUAUGUGGUUAGAAACUUCAUUUUCUUCAUGCCUUUAAGCUUUUCUGUUAUUGUUGUUAAUAUUCAUAUGCAGGAUGUACUUUGUUUUAAUAGGCAAUUUUUUUAGUUCUUGUUUUAAUAUAUUACUAAAAAUUUGUAUUUUUCAGCGAAAAAUCGAAGGCAAAAACCUAAAGAUCAUGAACGCAUCUCACGAAGAUCACGGUGUCUACGAAUGUGUACUUCAGAACCAAGUUGUGUCAGUCACGCGCAAUAUGACAGUUACCGUACACAAUACCAAGCCUCAAUGUAUCACGAAUCUACGUUUGAACUGUCAAUCUGAAAACAGCUUCAGAAUCGACUUCGAUCCAGGGUACGAUGGAGGCUACGAACAAAUGUUCCGACUUUACUACGCCGAGGUACACAACCUGACUAGUACUGAAGUGGUCGAAGCGUGGCACCAAAGCAACUUGUUCAAUGAAACUAGUGUGUCAUUGACAGGGCUACAGCUCUUCACACGAUACAGAUUCAUGGUCAGUCCUUCGAAUGAGUUGGGGAGUACCAAUUGUACCACUACUGACAAGUUUAGUAAGUUUUUACAAUUUGGUAAUGUAAUUUGAAUUUUGUGUUUGAUGAUGCAUUGUAUUUUAAUCAAUUUACUUGUUAAAUAUCAAUAUAUUAUCUAUUAUAUAAAAUUUCGGCGUAUUUUAGCAUGUUCGACACUUGGAACUCCGACUGGACUGAAAGCUUCAAACGAGUAUCUAGAGUGGAAUGAAGUACCGUACGCCACGUCCUACAGAGUAUCGUACCAAGAAAACCCAAAUGGCCAAUAUAAAAUCAUGGUGGGUAAUUUCGAAUGGUCAAUCUGCAUUACUUAUAUUAUCAACUUGAGUGGACCUAUAGUACCGAUAAUAUAAAAUGUAACACUAUAUUUACAGGGUGAAGUAGCAGACAAUCGAAUACAUCUGAAUUCAAACGAACUUAAUCAAAUGGCAUCGACGAACUUCUUUGUACAAGCAGCUCGUCCUUACUAUCCUCCAUCACAGCCUUCUGAAGUCAUUACCUUCAAACAGUUGAGUAGGUGUUUAAAGAGGGUUUAAAGAAGAUCUUUAUACCUACUUGAAGAGCUGAUAAACUUAAAUUUUCAUGAGUUUAUCGUAUUUCAGUGCCACCUACAGCUGUCUAUACUCACUCCUCCAUCUUGCUUGUGUCCAUGUGUUUGCUGGCGAUCAUCAUGUACGUGUUCGGAAAGAAUUACUGUAAACCAGGAAAAAAGAAGAACGGAUCGCAAUAUUCUCGUAAGUUGUAUGCCAUCUUACUCAUUGCUUUGGCUACUUGACAAUUUACAUUGUUUUUUAAAAUCUAAUUAUAACAUUAAAAAAAGGUUUCAACUGUCUUUGGUACGUUACUAAUAUCUCAUGUGCUUCAGAAGAUCAAUUUGUGUACAAGAACGGAAACGGACCUUACUAUUGGGAAUCAGAAGCGUUGCAGUCGACGGACCCGAAUCUGACAGAGUUUGAGUUCGACGACGAUGGGAAUCAGAUUGAUGAAAGACAAACUCCGAACACGAUGAUCAACGAGAUGCUACGACAAAAGUAUAUCUACUCGAAUGGGAACAGUGCUUUGGGAACGAUACGAGAGAAUCUGCACAUUGAGAGGCUUCGGAAUGAGUUGCGACAGUCUGCUCUGUAG